AUGUCUCGAAUUUUCUUUCGAAUGAUGAUUUCAAGUUCUACUCUUGCGACGGUCUUCAUAAUCAAACCAUUCUUGGUUUUUGAUGAUAGUAGAACGAGCACUAACCCUGCUGUGACUGACAAUUUAUGUAUAGUUGAUACAAUAAUUAUCAUCCUAAAUUCACACAGCGAGGCAGGUCCAAUCGCCCUUGACGAAUGUCUUGAUAAUGUCUUGACCACCACAACAACCACAACAACCACAACAACCACAACACCCACAACACCCACAACACCCACAACACCCACAACACCCACAACACCACAACACCCACAACACCCACAACACCCACAACACCCACAACACCCACAACACCCACAACACCCACAACACCACAACACCCACAACACCCACAACACCCACAACACCCACAACACCCACAACACCCACAACACCCACAACACCCACAACCACAACCACAACCACCACCGCCACAACAACCACAACCACAACCACGACCCACCGCCACAACAACCACAACCACGACCCACCGCCACAACAACCACAACCACGACCCACCGCCACAACAACCACAACCACGACCCACCGCCACAACAACCACAACCACGACCCACCGCCACAACAACCACAACCACGACCCACCGCCACAACAACCACAACCACGACCCACCGCCACAACAACCACAACCACGACCCACCGCCACAACAACCACAACCACGACCCACCGCCACAACAACCACAACCACGACCCACCGCCACAACAACCACAACCACGACCCACCGCCACAACAACCACAACCACGACCCACCGCCACAACAACCACAACCACGACCCACCGCCACAACAACCACAACCACGACCCACCGCCACAACAACCACAACCACGGAAACCACGACAACCACGGAAACCAAACCACGAUAA